ACUUACGCGCAUGAGCGGAAGACGAAUGUUAUUAUAACAACUGUUAAACAUGUGAGGUGUGCACGAGCUGUCACAAAUCAUUUAAUAGUUCAAUGUGUAGUUUUUCGUAUAUAGAUACUUUGGCAUGCAUGGAAGAAAAGUAUAUUAUGAGUAUUUUAAGCUGACGGAGACUUGUGAAAAAUCAACAGUUAAUAUAUUGGUUCCAUAGAAACAUGUGGAUAGGGUUAUGGAUGCAGUUAAAGAAUGCUUGAGGGAUUUUCCUAAAGAAGCUCGGGAGCUUUAUCUUAACGAUGCAGUGCCAUACCUGGAUGGGCCCCUCUCCCCACUUCAGUUUUAUCGUGACUGGAUUGGCCCCAACAAGCCCUGCAUCAUUCGCAACGCCUUCAGUGAUUGGCCAGCUUUAUCUAAAUGGAACACCACAUAUCUCAGAGAGAAAGUGGGCUCCAAAGUCAUCAGUGUGGCCGUCACUCCAAACGGAUAUGCAGAUGCCGUAAACGGGAAUCGCUUUGUGAUGCCAGAGGAGCGUCAGAUGUCCUUCACCUCUCUGCUGGAUAUCGUAGAAGGGAAGGUGAAGAGCAGUGGUGUGUUUUACGUUCAGAAGCAAUGCUCAAAUCUGACUGAGGAGUUACCGGAGCUGAAGGGAGAUGUAAAGACUCACAUUGACUGGAUGAGUGAAGCUCUUGGAAAAAGGCCUGAUGCUGUAAAUUUCUGGCUUGGGGAGGAAAGUGCUGUCACAUCAAUGCAUAAAGAUCAUUAUGAGAAUCUAUACUGCGUGAUCUCUGGGCAGAAAGAGUUUAUUUUACUUCCUCCGACUGAUAGACCUUUCAUACCGUAUGAGCUCUACCAGUCAGCAACAUACAGACAGAAAGAAGAUAACACCUUUGAAAUAGUGGAUGAGGAAGAUUCAGUCAAAGUGCCCUGGAUCCCUCUAGACCCCUUGAACCCAGAUUAUGAGCGAUAUCCCUCCUACAGGCUGGCUAAACCUCUGCACUGCACUGUGAAAGCUGGAGAAAUGCUGUACCUGCCCUCCCUGUGGUUCCACCACGUGCGACAGUCUCACGGCUGCAUAGCGGUGAAUUUCUGGUAUGACAUGGAAUUUGAUAUUAAGUACAAUUACUUCCAACUGGUGGAAUCCAUGACAAAAGCUGUGGGAUCACUAUGAGACUGUUAUCACAUAUUAUGUCCUGUUCAAAGGUGAAGAUUUGGUUAAUAUAUUAAAAUAUCAACAGCUGGUGGCUUUACAUGUGAAGAUUCAAAGACUUCAUGAGAUGUGCAAGUAUAUUUUUUAAGUGAUAUGGAAUAAAUAUCGCAAGAAACAAUGCUAUUUCCCAUGUAAUAAAUACAGUUUUAUUUGUUUGACUUCUCUGAGAAAGAGAUUUCAGUUGAUAGAUUGUAUAAACACUGAGAAUAGAAACACUUGACUUCAGUUUGGAGUAAAAGGUAAGACAAAGUCACAAGUUUCCAAAAAGAAACAGAAACUACUGGUCCAUCUGUAAUCCUAGACUACGUCUUGAUCAAUUGGCCAUAUGUUACAUGAAAGCAGAGCUGGUCACCACAGAGAUAGCGCAAAAAGCUGAAGGUUUGCAUGAUUGUUCAUGAGCAGCAGGUCAAGCAUGCAACCAUGCGAGCCAACCCUAAAUUCUUCCCUAAAAACCGUUCUUCAUGCAUAUGUAGUGUAUUCAUGCCGAUUCUCACAUAGUGCUUUUGUAACUGAUGCAGUCCUACUGUACGGUUUUCACUUCUGCUAUAUCACUGAAGCCCUCUAGCUAGCUAAAUCAAGUCUGUUUGGGCUUACGUUAUCAUUUUUAUGUCAUGCAUUUUCAGUCUCUUAAAGCCAUAGCACUUAUGAGAUGGCAAAUGAGAGCUUUUGUUGCAUACCAAAUGGGUUUUAAUGAAUCUAUUUUACUACACGACUGCCAGUGCAAUCUGCCGUUGGUAAGAUAGGGUGUAUAUACCUUUUUUUGGUCUACAAUGAGUACAAAUUUGCAUUGUUUUUGUUUAAUUGCAUUUUGCAUCUUUUGUUGUUAAUAAAUUUGUACCAACAAUCCUCAAAAGAAUGUGAGAGGGGUGGAACUAAGCAACAAGUCAAUAAAUAGAAUUUAUGCAUCUCAGA